AUGUCAAAUCCUUCUCAACCAUUUUAUGUUGCUUUUGAUCAAAUUACUUUAAUAGAACCUAUUUAUGGAGAUACUUUUUCAUUAGAUAAAAUAAAACAUAAUCUACUAUUUUUGGAGAAUGAUGAAAUAUCUUCAUCAAUUUAUCCUGAUAGUAUAACUCAAACCGAUUAUUUACUCAAUAUAACAGAUAGAAAUAGUAUAAUUAGUACUACAACUCAAAAUGGUUUAACAACAAUUCUUGGUCUUUCAAUUGGUAAAGGAAUUCCUGCUGCAUUAGGAGUUAUUGGAUUUAUAAUUUAUAUUAUAAAAAAAAUCGAAAAUCGAACUAAAAGAGCAGUUAGACCUAUAAAAGAUGUUGAUAAUCAUCGUUCAAAAAAAUGA